AUGCUGCUAUUAAAGGUGGUUUGGCCUGGGAGAACCUUUUUGCACCGCAUGAUUGACUUUCUGUCCCGUUUCCAAAGAAGAGAUCACCUAGUUCGGCUUAACAGAGAAUUUCGUUUGGACCUCCGGUGGUGGCACCACUUUCUCUCUGACUGGCAUGGCGUAAGUUUUUGUCUUUUCCCAGGUCUGGUCCCAGAGGCGGGGGUCGAAGUGUCGUCCGAUGCAGCUGGUUCGAUUGGUUUUGGGGCCUAUUUGAAGGGCUACUGGUUUGCGGGUUCGUGGGCUCCUUCUCAGCAGCAGCAGUCUAUUGCUUAUAAGGAGCUCUUCCCAGUUGUCAUUGCUGCUCAUGUAUGGGGCCACAUGUGGUGCAAGAGGCAUGUUCUGUUCCGCUCCGACAAUGAAGCGGUAGUCCAUAUUCUAAACACCCGGACCUCGAAAGUACCUAGUUUGAUGCAGUUAUUGCGUAGCCUGCUUCUUUCUGCUGCUCGUCAUAGUUUCUCCUUUUCUGCUCGACAUGUGCCUGGGGUUAACAAUCAGAUAGCUGAUGCUCUGUCUCGUUUUCGUUGGCAGGACUUAAGGCAGUUGGUUCCGGAUGCACAGCCUCAUCCUACGUGGAUCCCCCCGGAACUUCUGGCAGCUUUGACCUCUUCACCUUAGAGCGGCAAUGCUAUUCCUUCUUGACCCAAGGCCUGGCCCAAUCUACCCUUGUUCGUAUGCUUCUUCCCAAGCACAGUUUAUUUCCUUCUGUCGUCAGCUGGGGAAGUUACAUCCCUCAGGGUUACCCUGCCCGGCCGAUGAAUGGACGCUUUGCCUUUUUGUCACCUUCCUUGCUAGGACCAUCAUUAAGCAUUCUUCUAUCAAGGUAUAUUUAUCUGGGGUUAGAGCUCUCCACAUCGACCAUGGGUUCCCUGAUCCGCUUAUUAAUUGUCUUCAGCGGGUGGUACGUGGUAUCAAGCGCUGUCAAGGUUCUUCUUCGUCUAGCCGACUUCCUAUUACCGAUGAUCUGA